AUGAUUUCGCUGCAUUACUCGACAUUUGGGACAUACAUUCCUCAGGUAAAAUCAGGUUACUUUUGGUUUUAUGUCUUGCAUUUCCUUCCAUUGCUAGUGAGCAUGCCAAGUUUGAUUAUCAUGGCCAUACUACCUGACGAUUCAGACAAUGGAAAGAUUCAUUUGGGAGCAGCCAUUCUUGGAAUGGGAUGCUUACUUCUCUAUGCUUUGUGUAAUGCAGUUUUUCAAGUGGUUCGUAUGGUCAAAUUGGUACGAAAUUCAUCGAGUUGUGUCUUUAGCAUUUCAAAAGCAAAGAGUCUCCCAAAUGUUGUGUUUUAUUUUGCAUGUUCCAUGGCAAUUUUAUUUAAUCUGGCUUUGGUCAUUGCAGCUGUGGUGGGAAUGAUUGUGUGGAUGAAUGGAAAUUUGUUGGGAGAAUGGGUGGCUGUAUUCACAAUUGUUGGAACUCUCCUCCCUCUCACACUGGAAAGCAUUUCAUUGAGCUUUUUGUUGGAACAAACAAAAAGUGAGGCCACAGUGGUUGAAGAGGAAGAAAACAAGACACUCAUUCAUGAAUAA